AUACGGAAGCUGUGCGUUUUUCUCUUUCAGAAUGUUGGCCGCCAGAGUGUUUAGCCUUAUUGGCAAGCGGGCGAUUUCCACCUCCGUGUGUGUCCGAGCGCAUGGAAGCGUCGUGAAGAGUGAAGAUUAUGCUCUUCCAAGUUACGUGGACCGGCGCGACUACCCCCUGCCCGACGUGGCGCACGUCAAGACCCUCUCCGCCAGCCAGAAGGCCUUGAAGGAGAAGGAGAAGGCCCCCUGGAGCAGCCUGUCCAUCGAUGAGAAAGUCGAACUGUACCGCAUCAAGUUCAACGAGAGCUUCGCGGAGAUGAACCGCAGCACGAACCAGUGGAAGACGGUCGUGGGCACCGCCCUGUUCUUCAUCGGCUUCACCGCGCUCAUCAUCAUCUGGGAGAAGCACUACAUGUACGGCCCCAUCCCACACACCUUUGAGGAGGAGUGGGUGGCCAAGCAGACCAAGAGGAUGCUGGACAUGAAGGUCAGCCCGAUCCAGGGCUUCGCGGCCAAGUGGGACUACGACAAGAAUGAGUGGAAGAAGUAGGAGCCCGUCUGCCCCGCCGGAGCCUUCUCCCGUCUGCCCCGCCGGAGCCUUCUCCCGUCCCGCCGCCGCCCGCGGCUCGGCGCCGGCGCUAAUAAACGCAGCUUCCGUGAA